GCGUGCGCGACCGUGGCCUUCUUGGCGCAAGCCUGUCCGCUCUUGGCCGCGGCGCCUCCGAGCCGGCACCCCGCGGCUCGGGCGGCAGACGGUGCAUGACCUCUCCUUUCCCUGUCGCAGCGCAUCCGAUGCCACGGCGGCGUUGGCCGCGGUCGCCGCGUUUUCUUGCAGCGGCCGCGCUGGCAGUCGCAGCCGCCGCCGAAGGGCCCGAGUUGGCCUGCGCGUCGGGAGGGCAGGUGCAUUGCCCGGAGCCGCCAGCGAGCACGCCAGAGGACAGCCUCCAUGACGUGGUGCCCCACGCGUCGAUCUUCUUGCAGGCGAAGCUGAACAUGCGCGAGCCUACCCCCAACCAGAGCAUGGGCUCCAGUGCGGUCGCGCAUGCCAUGCGUCGUCCGUUUCAGGACUUCCGCAAAGGAGGUCUAGUGGGAACGAAUGCCGCGGGCAGGGUGGUGCCCAGGCGUUCGUCGAGCGGCGCGGGCUAUGGGUGCUUGCAGCCAGACGCCUGGGCCGUGCUGGGCCCUCUGGCGACGAUGCAGUCAGACUCGGACCCGCUGGAGGCGUUCGGCGGCCUGUGGAGGGUGGUCGACAGGAUCCCCCCGCAGCUGUGGGAGGCCGUGCGGAGGGCGGGGGACCUGCACGCCAGCGGGCGCGCCAGCGAAGUGGCCGAGAUCUCGGAGUCGCUGCAGGGCCAAUUGGAGUGGUUCCCGGUCGAGGCGGGGACCCAGGGGCGGACCUCGUGGGCGCUGGGCCUCGCGGACCGCACCACGCCUGGGGUCACGGUCAGCUCCGCAGCCAGGGACGCCGCCCUGGUCAGUGGAUACCAGGGAUGGGCGGUGGGCAAGUUCACACUCUCCUCCAGGGCGGUGGUCCUCGUCAAGAGCACGGACCCAUUCGCCGUGGACGGGGGGGAGUUCCUCAUGAACAGCGACGCGUACGGCCUGGACAAGGGCGUCCAUGCCCUCACCCUGGACGCCGGCGAGCACGUGAUCGCGGUCAGCUACAAGUUCCUCCCCUUCUGGACCGACAUCCUCCUGGACUCCGCGGGCGCCCGGGAGCUCGUCACCGGGGUCGCGGACCUCAGCCUGGGCAUGGGCGGGCUGGUGGUCCUGGACGACUCCAAGAUGUCCGACCUCGUGGAUGGCCACCUGGCUUCUGGGCACGUGGGCCUCUCGGUGCUGAACGCGGCGGGCGAGACGCUGGUGCCCCACUCCGCGCAGCUGGCGUCUGGUCCCGACGGCAUGAGAUUGCUGCCGAUCUCGGCGGCCUGGCGGGUGCCGAUCCGUGCUGGGCAGACGUUCCUCGUGCGCCUGGAGCUGGAGCAGAGCGGCUCCGUGGCGUCGAGCUGCUGGGCGGAGUCGGAGACCGCCUUCUAUCUGAACCUGACGCUGAGGCUGAAUCUCGCCACCCCAGCUGGCGAGAUGCGCCCGGCCGUGUACGUUAGCCUCCAGCCCCAGUGCGUGCGGUUCUGGGGCACCCUGGGCUCCCCUGCGGGGGCGUACGCCGGCGGCUACAAGGUGGCCUUCCCCGACUUCGAUGGAUCCAUCCAGCAGAUGUGGGUGGCCCCGCCGAAUGUGUCGGCGUUCACGAGUCGCGCCUGCCCGGCCGCUGGCUGCCCACUGUUUCUCUCGACGCACGGCGCUGCAGUGGACAUCGGCAACAACUGGGGGCGGAACUACGCUUGGAACGACGACACCAAAGAGUUCCCAUACCCUGCCUGGCUCGUGCAGCCGAGCAACCGCAACCCCUACGGGACCGACUGGGAGCACCAGGGGUACGACGACGGCCUGGCGGCGAUGGAGUACGUGGCGCGCCAUCUGCCUGGCGCCCCAAUCGGAGUGGACCGCGGCCGCAUCGGCGUGGACCUCGCGCGGCGGCUCGUGACCGGCCACUCCAUGGGCGGGCACGGCUGCAUGGUAUACUCCGUGCACGACCCGGACCGGCUCCUGGGUGCCGCGUGCUGCUCGGGCUGGGCUGCCAUCGGCCGGCAGGAGAGCCACCUGAGCGACCCCGUCGGGCAGGGCAUCCUGCAGUCACCCCUGGCGGAGCACGCGGUGGACUUCUUGGCCCCGAACCUGAAGGGAGUGCCGCUGGGCAUCUUCUACGGGGACUCGGAUUCGACUGUGAGCCCUGUCUACCCGCGGUACCAGGCCCGGCUGGUGGACUCCACGUCGCGGGACAAGUCCGCUGUCAGGCUGGUCGAGCUCGAGGGCACCGAGCACUGGUUCACGCAGAACCAGGCGGACCUGGUAGAGUACCUCUCAGGGCGCGUCGUUCCCGCGUCUGGCACCUCGGAGGCAAUGCCGCUGCCGCCGCUGCCCGAGGUCUUCGAGUUCGUGGUGCCCAACCCCGCUGUCUUCGGCACCAAGGGCGGGCUGCGCGUGCUCCAGCUGGAGGACGCAGCCAAGCCCGGGAAGCUGGUGGUGCGGCGGUGCACGGCCGUCGGCGAGGGCGACUGCGCCGCGGCGGCCGCCCUGGCGGGCGUCGGCCCGGGCCUUGGGGGGACCUCCGCGGGAGACCCGGUGUGGCUCGUGGAGACAGCCAACGUCAGGCGCUUCCGCCUCGAGGCGGGGGCCCUCGCGGGGCGGGCGGCGCCGGCGGCCGCCAGCGUGGACGGCACCCUCUUCACCGGCGCGGAGCUGCUCGGCCAAAGCCCCGGCGGCCACCUCUGCCAGGGCGCAGCCACAGGGCGCGGCCUGCGGGCCGUGUGGCGGGCCUGCGCCGACAGGGCGUGGGAGUCCGUGCAGCGCGGCGGGCCCUCUGCGGGUGCGGGGCCGCUCCAGAUGGCGAUCCGGCAGGCGCCCGUUUGCAUCGUGCAUGGCGCUGGGGAGGGGCAGGCGGAGGCGGCGCUGUCCCUGGCGCAGAAGCUUUACUUCGUCAGCCGCUAUGCCGUCCCGAUCCUCAAUGCGAGGACCGACGAGGAGGCUGGGCCCGAGGCUGCGCGCUGCUCGAAGGCCAACCUUAUCCUGAUCGGCGACCCGGGCACCAACCUGUGGACAUCGACGCACCGGUGCGCUUUCUCCUACGUGAGUUUCUUCAGAUCCCGUGCGACUGGAGCGCCGUCGGCGGCUUUCGGCCUGGACGGCAAGAAGUUUGCUUCGCCUGGCACGGGCCUCGUGGCGCUGGGUCCACUGGGUGGGGGGCGCCUGGGCCUCCUGGUCCACGGCACCGACGCGCAGGGACUGGCCAAGGCGAUCCAGAGGGUGCCGUCCUCCUCCGGCAUGGUGGGGUCCGACUACAUCGUGGACGGGCCGGCCGCUGGCUGGAUGGGUGACGGGGGUGUGCUAGCGGCGGGGUAUCUGGACGCGCUGUGGCGGCCGGGGCCGACGCGGUGGGCGGAGCCCGACGCCGAGGCGCCCGACGUCCUCGGCCUGGCGGAGGUGGGCGGCGCCGCGGAGCUGUGCGGCGACCGCCUGCGGCUGCUGCGGAGGUCCGACGAGGAGCGCUCGGCGCCCGCGGAGGAGCGCCAGGGCCACGGCCACGGCCACGGCCACGGCCACGGCCCCGGCCACGGCCACGGCGACGACGACGACGACGACGUCGACGACGACGACGACAGCCACAACCAGUCUGGCAGCCACAGUCAGAUCCAUGGGCACGGCGCGCGGGCGGCUCCAGCCGCCCUCGUGCUGCUGUCCUUGCAUGCCGCCUGGGCUGUCGCCGCAUAGGCGGUCACUGCCAGCGGCGGCCGCGCGCUUCUCCUCGCCCUUCUCGCCCUUGUUGUCCUCCUCCUCCUCCUCCGCCCAUGGCGCUUGGGCCGCUUGGCGGACGAAGCCAGAGUGCUGCCGCACGGAUCGCCCGCGCGCAGCCACUCCGCGCCGUCUUCAGCUUUUGCUGCGGCCAACUCGUUUGUGUUUCAUGCGUCCGUGGCAGGCGCCCAGAUGGGCACUGCUCGCGCAUCUCUUUGUCCGCAGAAGGCGCUCACAGACUCAGGAGGGGCAA